AUGGAUACGCAGAACGCGGAACAAUAUGGACAUGUAGUUGAGGUACAUGGUAAAAUCUGUGGUUCAGCACUGUGUGGAUUCUCUGAUGUUAAUACCAUGUCGAAGGAUGCACAGGAGAGAUCAGCAUCGAUGAGGAAACUGUGCGUUGCAGUUGUCCUUUGCAUCAUUUUUAUGGCUGUCGAGGUUGUCGGAGGCAUUAAAGCCAACAGUCUUGCAAUUUUGACAGAUGCAGCUCAUCUACUAUCAGAUGUUGCAGCUUUUGCAAUAUCCUUGUUUUCACUUUGGGCAUCAGGAUGGGAAGCUAAUCCACGCCAGUCGUAUGGUUUUUUCAGAAUUGAGAUACUUGGUGCAUUAGUUUCUAUCCAAAUGAUAUGGCUUCUAGCUGGUAUCCUUGUUUAUGAAGCCAUUGCUCGUCUUAUACAUGAUACCGGUGAAGUUCAAGGCUUCCUCAUGUUUAUCGUGUCUGCAUUUGGAUUAGGAGUGAACCUCAUCAUGGCAUUCUUGUUAGGUCAUCAUGACGUCCACGGCCAUAAUCACAAAGAGCAUACACAUGAUAUACAUGGAAUAAGUGUUAGCCGGCACCAUCACCAUAAUGAGGGACCUUCGAACCAAGCACAUAACGCUGAUCAUCACACUGCUGUGCCUCUACUUAAAGAUUCCUGUGAGAGUGAAGGUGAAAAGAAAAAGAAGCAGUGGAAUAUUAAUGUGCAGGGGGCUUAUCUUCAUGUAUUAGGAGAUUGUAUUCAGAGCAUAGGGGUCAUGAUUGGAGGAGCUAUUAUAUGGUAUAAACCAGAGUGGAAAAUCAUUGAUCUAAUUUGCACACUCAUUUUCUCCGUCAUUGUUCUUGCCACAACUAUUAAGAUGAUUCGGAAUAUUCUUGAAGUAUUAAUGGAGAGCACACCGAGAGAAAUUGAUGCAACAACACUUGAGAAGGGGCUUUGUGAGAUGGAGGAGGUUGCUGCAAUCCAUGAAUUGCACAUAUGGGCGAUUACAGUCGGAAAAGUACUCUUGGCUUGUCAUGUCAAUAUUAAACCUGAUGCUGACAUGGUGCUGGAUAAAGUGGUUGAUUAUAUUAGGAGGGAAUAUAACAUUAGCCAUGUAACCAUUCAAAUAGAAAGAGAGUAUUGA